UAUUAUAUUUAAUUGGUGCUUCUUAUCCAUCAGAAAGAGUACAUUAGAUAUUUUGUUUACACUCUCAGUUUCUCUCUCGUGCGAUUUCAUGAUUACAGAUGGUAAUAUUUCACUCCGGCCUAAGAAUGGGUAUUUAAUAUGAUGACACCUUGUGCAUAGAUAAGAGGGCCUUCGAAAUCGUCUUUGGCAUGUUCAGUUAGUCGAAUACUAGUCUACCUUCGAUUAUCGUGGAAGUGUAUCAAAAUCGUUGAUGUUUGUUAUAUUUAUCUAUCGUGACAAAUUCUAUUAGGUUAAAAAAUAAAUAACUUAUUUGACAGAUACUUUUGCGGAAGACUAUGACUAUUGAAAGAAAACACAGUAUGACAGUGACAAAAACAAAUAGCACGACGACAAGUGCAUCUACAAUUGGAAAUAAAAAGAAGAGCACAACUAUAAAGAAAGAAGAACUGAUGAACGAAGAGGAUGAAAUUACUUUGGAAGAUCUGGCUCCAGACGGCGGCUGGGGAUGGAUGAUUGCAUUGGCAAUGAUAUUAAUUUUCUUUACUACAAUGGGUCCAGGAUCGUCAUUUGGCAUAAUCUUUGGCGAUUUUCUCCAAGAUUCCGGACAGGCGGGCAUGGCAUCAAGUCUUUCCAAUUCCUUCUUCAUGAUCACCUUCUCUAUUGCAAGUUUGCUGACCAACAUCUUGUUGAAAAGAUAUUCUACAAGACCGGUCGGACUUGUGGGAGCGCUCUUUUUUGCAACAUCAGACAUCAUGCUGGCAUUUGUCAGAAAUAUAUACGAUUUGGCUUUCCUUUACUUUUUACAAGGUUUUGGAUUGGGUCUAAUUAUUACGGUCUGCAAUACGGUUUUCAAUGCGUAUUUUGUGAAAAAAAGAGCCAAAGUGAUGAGCGCGGCGCAAGUCAUCAUCGCAUUAGGUGGAAUCAUUUAUCCGACAUUAACCGAAAAAAUGAUGACAUUGUAUGGUUUUCGCGGUACCGCAGCGAUUAUGGGCGCGAUAAGUCUUAAUGGUAUCGUCGGCAUGACAUUAAUGCAUCCCGUGGAAUGGCACGCCAAAAAGGUGGAUGAUGUUCGCGCUGAAAAGGCGCGCAAAAAAGAACAAAGAUUUCAAGGACUAGCGUUGUCAAAUCGUCGUUCAACCAUCGAUGAUAUCCACAUAUCGUCGAAGACUAAAUGGAGCAGUCUUCAUAGUCUCAAGAAAGAAAGCGGCACAGAAGUGCCCUUAUUAAUUGAAACGCUUAAGCCUUCUGCCCAGAGAGUCGCUUCAAUCUCCGAAAUCGAGGGUGGAAUUCGCGAAAGGGCGAAAUCAGUAUCUAUGCGAGAAAAUUUGACGAAGCGUAUAUCGGCUUUAUCGGCAUCUAGCUUGGUCAAUUUGGCGACUAGCGUUGGUACAUUAAGUGAUAUACGUCAACAAUAUCUGGAAAAGAGAAGCUGGGAAGAACAAACGAGUAAGGAAAUUCAGGAGAAGAAAGAGAAUGAGAAACAAAACGACGAGGAAAAACAAGAGGAGAAAAAAUAUAAGGCAAUUCUGAGGGAACUCUUGGAUAUGUCAUUGGUAAAGAAUUGCGGUUUCCUGAACUUAUGUUUUGGUGUCAGUUUUGUGUGCACCGCCGACUAUGCUUUCUCCUCUUUUCUUCCUCUUAUAAUGAGCGAUGCAGGAUACACUAAACGCGACGCUGCGUUAACUAUUACGAUUAGUGGAAUAGCUGAGCUUGUAUCAAAAUUUUUAUUAGCAGUUUUUACAUUAAUAGUGGAUGUAAAAGCGAAAUAUCUGUUCUUCGUAGCUAUGAUUGUCAUGCAAUUCACAAGACUAGGUUUUUUAUUAUACAAGCAUACACUUAUGGGUGCAUUCAUUAUGACAGCGUUGAUUGGUCUCGCGCGUUCGUGGCUGCUGGUUCCGCAGCCUCUAGUCAUUAUUGAAGAUAUCAGUAUAGAAAAGUUUGCAUCGGCUUAUGGUAUCUUUGGAAUUAUUAGUGGUUUAGUUACGAUAGUCUUCGGCGCUAUCGUAGGAUUUAUUAAGGAUUGGACUGAUAGUUUCGAUAUAUAUCAAGUCUCUCUACUAGUAUUAAAUGGUGCGUUUAUUAUACCUUGGGCUCUACAGUUUAUCUUCGUGGAUCUGAAAAAACGACGGAAGCAACGUGUAUAAGAAACUAUUACAAAGUUUUAUCCACCGCUCAUAGGAAAGAAUAAAGACAUGUGUCAGGAGUUAUUAAAAAUUUUUGGUCUAAUUAAACGGAUAUGAAUGAGGAGAUACAACAAUAACCACAUAAAUUAAUAUAUUGUUCUGCUUGUUUCUUCUUUAAUAUGUUUAGUAUUAUUCAUCUUUAAUAUAUAAAGAGCACAUCAGUGUAGAUUUGUUCAUAUAUAAAAAUUUUGAUAUUUUAUAGUGUAUUUAAUCUUUUUGUAUAUAAAAAUUUUAAAUAUUUUUAAAUAUAAAUCAGAUUUAAUUUUUUGAACUAAUUAAACUGAUCAUGACGAAGGUAUUUAUGAAAUAAUUAUGACAGAAUAUCUUAACUUUAAAUCCAACAUGUCUUCUACCACAUAAAUUAUGUUUAAGAAAGUAUAUUGUUAUCAUACCUAUUAUUAAGAAUCUUAGUAUUAGCGAGAAUUUAUGCAAUGAUACUAGGUUAUUGAUUUUAGAUUUAAAUAAUAAUUUAUUAAAUCGUAAAAUUUUGACAGGCAAUAAAAUUGGAGAAAUUGUCUUUCUGAAU